GUUAAUAAGAGCAAGCUUCAAGUCGGUAAAGUCGGCAUAGGUUGGUAAGAACAAGAACCGGCAUCAAAAAGCAAUCGAACACUAUUGAUAAAAAAAGAAAAUGAAACUUUUAACUCAUAAUAUGUUAACUUCAAAAUGUCUGAAAGGCGUAACUGUUGGAUAUCCUCUCGAAAUUGUUGCGAAGGAUAUUAAAGUAUCAGAAGUAGACUUCAAUUCAGAAUUUAUUGCAAGGAUUAUUCCAAAACUUGAUUGGGCUACUCUUUGGAAAGCUGCAGAAAGUAUAGGGCAUGUCGGAGAAUUGCCACAAACAUUGAUUCAAGACUUUGAAACAAAUGAAGAAUUUCUAAAGAAAGUUCAUCAUGUAUUACUCGAGGUAGAAGUCAUUAAUGGAGAUUUACUAUGUCCAGAGUCUGGUAGGAAAUUUCCUAUUAAUGAUGGUAUACCAAAUAUGCUCUUAAAUGAAGACGAAGUUUAAGUAUUAACAGUAUAGUAUACAACUGAGAAACGUGGAGGCGUCACGAAGGCGAGUUUUUUCUUUCUUACGCAAUAAAUGUUUAUGAUUUGUAAAUAAUGUUAAGUUUUUAUGAUAUGCAUAAAUUCAAUCUAAAUUCUCAUGUUAUAAUUAGUACAACAUACUUUACUAAUUUAAAUAUUAUUAACUAUGUCCAUCAUAUUAUAUUACAUAGGUAUAUCAGUUAAUCAAAUUAUUCCAAAAA